UAUGUGUGUGUGUGUAAAUCUCUGACAUACUAAGCCAUACUCGGGCACACCCUGUUUCCUUAUUCAAGCAUCUUAAUUUCAUCCCAUUAAAUCUUUGAAGUAUCAGACUACCAGAAGGCAUGAAGAAACCUGGGCUGAGAGUCUUCAUUCCAGGAGACCUGAUCUUGACUGCAUGGCUGGUUUGAGGCGCAUCACUCUGAACUGCAACACGCUCAUUGGUGACCUGAGUGCAAGUGCUUUGGCAGAAUCUCUUAGUGAGGAUUUAUGGCUUAGAGGACUCUUCCACACGUGAGAAAAUGAGAGUUGUCGCUAUGUUAAAUCUGUAGAGUUAGCAAGUGACCUUUUGUCUUUCAUCGAAAGCACUUGACCUGCAGCAGUGCGGCCUCACCAGUGAAGGAGCAAAGGCUUUACUAAAGGCCCUUGAAACCAACAGAACUCUGCUCGUUCUGGAUAUAAGGAAAAAUCUGCUUGUUGAUCAUUCUGGGAUGAAAAUAGUUACCAAAAAAGUUCUCCAGAUGGAAGGGGUGCCAAGUCAGAGGUAUAUAACAUGUUUCAGUUCUCUUGGAAGAAUUUCUCUUCAAUGGCUUGGUUUUCUUUCUUUCUUAAAAGAAAAUUAUCAAGUCUUGGCCACAAAGAAGCCUGUAAGUAAUGGAAGGAAACACUCUGCUGGUAAAGAAUGUUACCCUCCUGAACCGCUACCACCUGGAGUGUCUGGUUUCCGGCCAUUGUGUCCUGCAGAAAGUGCAAAAAGCAACAGGUCCAUCAGAAUUUCCUGUGACUGUGACAGUAGAGAGUCCUUCCUCCUCAGAAAUCAAAGAGGUCGAUGAUUCCUCAGAACGUGUUCAGGAAGAGCCAGAGAAAAUCAGUUUGAAACAAGAAGCACUGCAGAGCCCAGGCUCCGGACGCGCAGGCCCUGCGGCCAUGGCUCACGGGCCCAGCCACUCCGCGGCAUGUGGGAUCCUCCCGGACCGGGUCACAAACCCGUGUCCCCUCCAUCGGCAGGUGGACUCUCAACCACUGAGCCACCAGGGAAGCCCGAUUUAGGACUUUUAAAUCCCUUCAUGCCCACUCAUUGACAAGCAUGGUCCUGGAUGAUGAAGGUGUUUUGGGCAGCACUGAGAAUUCUUUUCAGAAGUUCCAUGCUUUCCUGGUUCUCCUUAAAGGUGCUGGGCUUGGGCAGUUGGCCACAAUGGCUGGUAUAGAUCAGUCAGAUUUUCAUUUACUAGGUCGUCCCCAGAUGAAUUAUACUGUUAGUAGUCCACCUAAAGAAGAAAAGAAGGCACUUGAAGAGGAAAAAUCAGAAUCAAAGCAGAGCGCCCCAGGACCUACGCAAAAUGUCCAAUUUCAGAAAAUUACAGGUGAUGCUGGGAUUCCUUUGCCUGUCGACUCCUUUCAUGUCCCAGUUUCUACUCAGGAGGCCUUAGAAACUUCCAAAGACAACCUGGGGGUCGCAGUCACAGAGCAGCGGCAGGAGUCUUUGGAAGAUUUCAUUGCUAGAACAUGUUCUCCUUCAGCAGACGUCAUUUCUGGAACUGGAAGUCAAAGAAAAGAAGAGGAAUUACCUAGAAAUAGCAGGUCUUCUUCAGAGAAAAUGACCAAAGCAUAAUAUACCAAAAACUACUCUGCUAAGAAACAACCUGGCAAGGACCUGCAUUCCUGCUCUGACUUACCUGUAAAGCAGAAUAUCAAAGGAAUUGGGCAAAAUAAUUCUUUGCUUACUGAACCAAUUAGAAGUGAGUCUUCGAAAAAACACAUUUCUGUUAAGAAAGAGUACAAUAUUGACUGUUUCAUCAAAGACAACUAAAAGUAAACUCAGUCUACUAGAACAUUCUGAAAGUGAGACUCUUGGAUCUGAUUGUGAAUUUCCAGAAAGCGUCCAUAUUCCAUCACGCCUAACAUAGGUCUAAAUCUUUUAAAAUCUUUUAAAAUUAUGUUU